AUGGCAUCUUUCAAGCGAGUCGACGCCCCCGAGCUGGGCCUUUGGGAAAAGGCCGAUAUCCCUUUCAUCAAGGCUACUAUUUACGCUAGAGGGCUACUCGCCGCUCUUCUGGGCGUUUUCCGAGGGAAUAGCUACCCCAGAAACUUUAAGCACCAUAUACUGAUGGAAAAAAUUCGAACGGGUCUUCGGUUCUCGCCUCGUCAGCAAAAAUAUCUUAAUUUGUCUACUCCCGAGGUCUAUGAAACUACCAUGAGGCAAAGGGGUCUGGAGCCAGAUGCUGUUCCUCUACCACACGAUGCAGAUGGCUAUUGGAUUGGCAACAAAAACGCGAAGAAAGUUCUUGUUUAUUACCAUGGCGGUGGUUUCGCUAUGGCAGCCAUGCGCUCACACAUAACAUUCUUCGCCGAUCUCAUCAAGAUCCUAAACGAUAACGGCUACGACAUCGCCGUCUUCUUCCUCCGCUACACUCUAACACCAUACGGCACAUACCCAACCCAACUCCGACAAGCCGUCGGUGCUCUCCGCUACAUCCUCACAGAAGCAAACCGCUCCCCAGCAGACAUAAUCGUAGGCGGAGAUUCAGCAGGUGGAAACCUAGCCAUGGCAACGCUGUUACAUUUAUCGCAUCCGCACCCGGAAAUCGAACCGCUCACGCUUGAUAAGCCACUAGCAGGUGUCUUCUGCUUUGCACCAUGGGUAGACUUUAGCUCGGAUGGGCCAUCUAUGACCCAGAAUGCGAAUAAGGAUCUAUGUACGGUGUCUGGAUUGGAGACGUGGUCUGGUGCGUAUUUGAAUGGGAGGCCGGGCGAUAAUUGGAGUGAGCCUAGUCGGGCACCUGCUGAGUGGUGGGCGGAUGCGAAGACGGAGCGGAUUCUGAUGUUGGCUGGGUCUGAUGAGAUUCUGCUUUCGGGUAUUGAGGCUUUUGCGAAGAAAGUCAAGACUGUUUUCCCUGAGACGACAUAUAUUGUUGGUUAUGAUGAGUGUCAUGAUGCCCAUCUAUAUGUUGGAGAAGCAACCCAGACUGGUAAUGAGUUGCGGCGAUGGGUUGCUGCCCGCCUGUAG